AAUGCAGCAAUGACUUGCUUGUGGCAUAUAUAAAAGAUCAGAGAACUCACUUUCGAAAUUCUGUGCCAAUAAUGAGCCAGAACGAUACAACUACGCGCAUUGCGCACGUCUUCAGUGGGACAUUUGUGCACUCCACUCCAAGCGCAGCUGUAGAAAUACUAAAGGACAGUGUCUUAGGAGUCGACGAUGAGGGGAAGAUUGCCUUUAUUGAAAAAGACCCAGAUGUGGUCAGCCUCUCAAAAAUAUGGGGGUUUGAAACUGCAGAAAUAAAAGUGCUUGAACAACAUGAGUUCCUUAUGCCAGGAAUGGUUGAUACACACAUCCAUGCAUCUCAGUAUAGCUACUCUGGCACUGCCUUAGAUCUGCCUUUACUAGAGUGGCUCAGCACUUACACUUUCCCUGUAGAAGCCAAGUAUAAAGACCUGGACUUUGCCAACAAUGUCUACACUAAAGUUGUGAGGAGAACUUUAAAGAAUGGCACCACUACUGCUUGUUACUUUGCCACAAUACACACUGAUGCUUCCCUUCUGCUUGGAGAGCUUGCAGAUAAGUUUGGACAGAGAGCUUUAGUGGGCAAAGUUUGCAUGGACUGCAAUUCUGCAGUUCCGCAGUAUAAAGAAAGCUCAAAUGAAUGUAAAGAGGAGACAGAUCGUUUCAUCAUAGAGCUUCUCAAAAAGGAGUACCCAAAUGUUAAGCCUGUGGUCACUCCUCGAUUUGCUCCGUCAUGUUCUGCUUCAUUGCUCAGUGAAUUGGGUGCAAUUGCCAGUAACAACAAGCUUCACAUUCAGAGUCACAUCAGUGAGAACAAAAAGGAAGUGGAGCUUGUGAAGACAUUGUUCCCAGAUUGCAAAUCCUACACUGACGUUUACCUCAAGCAUAACCUGCUCACGGAUAAGACUGUAAUGGCCCAUGGCUGUCACCUGACUGAUGAAGAACUAAAGAUCUUCCAUGAAAGAGGAUCCUCGAUCUCUCACUGUCCUAACAGUAACAUUUCCAUUUGUAGUGGUUUGCUGAAUGUGCGCAAUGUUUUAAACCACAAAGUGAAAUUAGGUUUAGGGACAGACAUUGCAGGAGGAUACUCUCCAUCCAUACUGGAUGCAAUGCGAAGAACUCUGGACACAUCUAAAGCCCUGACUAUCCAGGACCCUCAGCAUCAGACUCUAACCUUUGAAGAGGUUUUUAGACUGGCUACACUUGGUGGUAGUGAAGCCCUUUCAUUGGAUGAUCAGAUUGGAAACUUUGUUGUAGGGAAGGACUUUGAUGCCCUGAGAGUGAAUGUUUGCGUUCCUGAUGGACCGAUCGAUUUGUUUCCUGGAGAUGGCCCCAAGGUCAUUUUGGAGAAGUUUUUAAAUUUGGGUGACGAUCGAAAUAUUACUGAAGUCUAUGUGGCUGGAAGACAGGUGGUUCCAUUUUCAGAUACAUAGUUUUGGUCUUUCUUGGAUCUAUCCUGGAUGAUAUUGUCACCACAGAUAUAAAACUGGUGUUUAGAUUGAUUUUUAGGUUUCUACUCAGGUAAAGUUGUAUUUAGAAAAGGAGAAUGGAGACAUUAAUGACACUUAUAGAUUUGUAUUAUUUAGUUAACAUCUUGGCAAUGUUUUGCUUUGGUAAACAUUUUGCUUUAAAUGUGAAUAAUGAUGUUGAAUGCUCAAAUAGUUGUUUUGUUUUGUUUUUUCUAAAUGAUUGUCUUAUAUUUACUAGUCAAUUUGAUCAUGGACAAAAAAAUUUUUUUAAAUUGUGAUAGUGUAGCACAUAAUAUUUUAUAUUAAAUGAAUAAACUUUUAAUCAUAAAAUAAUUGUCAGAAGACAAACAUGUAUUUAUGUUACUGUCAUCCUGCAUUUUGUUAGUUUUGAUUGCUUGUUUCAUACUCAGAUUGUAUUCAGAUCAUCUAUCUAUCUGUCUGUCUGUCUGUCUGUCUAUCUAUCUAAUAAUUUAAUGCAAAACGAAACUACUUAAAUACUUGACACUC